AGCCGAAAUUGGCCGAACGAGGAAGCGAGCAUAAAGUCUGUGAAGUCCAAAGAAACUAAAAAUUUGUCGGUCACAUUAUUGAUGUAAAUUUUAAAAAUCUAGCAAAAUGAUCUUAUAAAAUCAUUUUAAGAUAAUCUUAUUCUCAUUUUAACUCUAUUGUAGUGAUUUAGUUUUGACUAUUUGAAUUCCUAACUUUGUAUUUCCUCGGCAAAGUGAGAGAGUUCAGUGCGAGUGCAAGCAAGGGUGGUAACGAGAAAUGUGAAGUAGUAUCUAUGAAGUUCAGGAAUCGGCCGUUUAUUUUAUACCUAUAAUAAUGAGCGGACGCCCUAGGACCACGUCAUUCGCCGAGGGCAGCAAAUCCGUUCGUAAGACAUUUGAAAAUCAACCACCGAAACCACCUCUAGGAGGCGUAAAAAUUAGCAGCGACGUGGAUACACCUAAAAAGAACGACCUGGCUUCGGAAAAGAAACCCGUCUCCUCGCACCGCAAGGACGGAUCCAAAGUGACAACCGUGGUAGCGACGCCGGGGCAGGGCCCCGAUAGACCCCAGGAAGUCAGCUAUGCUGAUAUGAAGCUGAUAGGUAAUGGAAGCUUCGGCGUCGUGUACCAGGCCAAAUUAUGCGACACGGGCGAGCUGAUCGCCAUCAAGAAAGUGCUUCAGGACAAGCGGUUUAAGAACAGGGAGCUGCAAAUCAUGAGACGGCUGGAACAUUGUAAUAUUGUCAAAUUGAAAUACUUCUUUUACUCCAGCGGUGAAAAGGUUGCUGUGCCCGUCGCGGUUAGCUCUCUACUAAACGCAAUGCAGUCUCUAGAAGUCGCAAAGGACGAAGUGUACCUGAAUUUGGUGCUGGAAUACAUACCUGAGACAGUAUACAAAGUCGCCCGUCACUACUCCAAAGAUGAACAAACAAUACCCAUUAGUUUUAUAAAGCUCUACAUGUACCAGCUGUUCAGAAGCCUCGCAUACAUCCAUUCGCUUGGCAUCUGUCACCGGGACAUCAAACCUCAGAACCUGCUGCUGGACCCCAAGUCAGGGGUGCUAAAGCUGUGCGACUUCGGUUCAGCGAAACACCUCGUCCGCAGCGAACCGAAUGUUUCUUACAUCUGCUCGCGGUAUUACCGAGCCCCUGAGCUGAUAUUCGGGGCCACAGAUUAUACAACUAAAAUCGACGUAUGGAGCGCGGGUUGCGUUGUGGCUGAACUUCUCUUGGGCCAGCCGAUCUUCCCCGGGGAUUCUGGUGUCGAUCAGCUCGUUGAAAUCAUCAAGGUGUUAGGAACUCCCACACGAGAACAGAUACGUGAAAUGAAUCCAAACUACACAGAAUUCAAGUUCCCGCAGAUCAAGAGUCAUCCAUGGGCGAAGUACAUGUUGGAGAGAAUACCACCCGCCCGCACCACUGAUCACCGCAUACGAGUGUUCCGCGCUUGCACUCCUCCGGACGCCAUAUCCCUGGUGUCCCGCCUGCUGGAGUACACCCCGGGCGCUCGUCUAUCCCCUCUCCAGGCGUGCGCGCAUUCCUUCUUCGACGAGCUCCGUGAACCCGCCGCACGCCUCCCCAACGGUCGCGCUCUGCCGCCGCUGUUCAACUUCACGGAAUACGAGCUGGCCAUACAGCCGAGCCUCAACGACUUCCUCAAGCCUCGUGCCGCCGUCGCUGACGCCGCCCCGGCCCAGACCGCCGCCUCCUCCGAACAACACGACGCGCAGGGAGAGACGGCGGCGAGCGGCCCCAGCGGUUCCCCGGGAGCGUCGUAGAGACUCCUCCCUUGCCACGCCCCGCGCCACUCCCCCUGACCCUCACCCCUCCCCCUGUACCGUGCGCGUCUCCCCCUCGGCCAGAAGGCGCCGCGCUCGCGCCAACGGCCGCCCAUGCUAUUUAGUGAUAGUAAUUUUCUUAUUGGCCAUCGGGAAAUUUUAUGCAUAAUAGGUGUUUUCGGCGAUUAAUCGUGUGAUACUGUAGUGUUAUUGUCUAUAGAAAGCUUGUGCCGUGUUCGUCGGUGACAGGGGUAAAUCCGCCGUAGUUUAUAUGAACCGUAGCUAUGUGAUCGCUUUGUAUAAUUUUUUUUUGUAAGCUCAAAUUGUCCGGUCGUGUACAUCGAUGCGUUCGUCAUUAUUACGCCUGGCCAGUAUCCUAUGUUAGUCGUGUCCCGGAGCUCCGUUUGUAAUGGCCGGUUCGUCGUCAUGGUGUCUCUAUGGUAAUCACAUGGUCGGUCACACACACCUAUUAAGGUAUAACGACAUAGCGUAGCGUGGACGGUGACGUCGCUUGGCCGUGUAAUCAGUAGAGAAGUUUCAGUAGCGCAUUAGUAUAUAAUCUGUGGACUGCCCGACCGCGUGUGUUGUGCUAACAUCGAUCCUCAGAUUGAGCAUUUUUUUUUGCAUAAAAAAAGCAUACUUGUAAAUUUUUAUAACUAGCGUAAACUGAUCUCUCAAGAUAAUUUUAAUAUUUAAUGAUAUUUCAGAAUAUUAUGUAUUUGUAUAAAACAAUUCAAAUUAUAUAUAUUUUUUUUAGAUUUACAGCAUUAUAAAUAUUCGUUUAUUCGGGCAAAUUUACAUUAGAACCUUUUUGAUUGCGGUGUACCUUUUUAUCGAACGCUGAAUAAAUGUAAGGUAUCGUACUAGCACUGUCGUUAUACUAAUGUAAAAUCAUAGUUUUUUCGAUAAUAUUGUAUUCUAUAUUCAAUAAAUAAUAUUUCUGCUAUGUAAAAAUAAAAUUGUCAUUGAGAACACUUAUAUACACAUAGUAGUCAUUUAUUAAAUGAUAUGUUUAAAAAAAUAUAUAUAAAAAUAAUAAUAAUAAUUAAAUUCAUUGUCAUAGCUUUAAGUAUUUGAGCAAUUUCAUUUUGCACACAGUUAUUAGGUAAAGGUAUUAAAAGCCUGUAUAUUUAGAAUAACGCAACCUUUUAUUCAUGAUAUAGAUAUAGCCUUAUGCGUAAUGGUGUGCACCAGAUCUUAUCACCUACACAGAUUUGGCAGCUCGAAAGCGGUCGAUGACGUCACAAUCACAUAAUUUUUAAUACCAUUGCCUGUAUAUGGUGUGUAUCGGGGAUUGUGAGAGAACUCUUUAGUUGGUCGUUAUCAACGUGCCCUACACCACGUAUAUAAUAUACGCUCCUAUUAUUACAUAUUUGUAUGUAGUAAAAAUAAAUUUUUUAGUACGUUAAGUGAUAGAGGGCGCCCGCGUCCGGCGUCGGGCGUCCUGUAUCAGACACAUAGAUCACACAUAGAUGAGCUUAGUUUUCCCCCGCGGAUAUUCUUUUGCUGGCCUUCAUGAUUCGUGUAAAUAUAUUAUAAUUAUUAUCUUUACGGUAUGACUCUGAUAAAGUUUAUCGGUAGAGGGCGUUAAAUCGCUCGCUUACAAAUCCCGAGGUCUCUGUCGCUUCGUGCAGAUAAUUAUUGUAUGUGAGACGUUAAGGAUUCGUAAGGUAUUACUAUAGUUUAGAUAUGCAUAUUUUAUUAAGUCUUAUCUUAUAUGAAUUUUGUAACCGACGUUGCUUCUAAAGACCCUCUGUGUAAAAAGUUAAGACAUACUAGUGACCUGAAUUGAAGCGAUGUUAUUGGAACGUCUUAAUCCCACUGAAUUCUCACUUUGACUAUUUGAGUGCACGUUUACUACAGGAGAGGUACCCUUUAUUACAAUACUUCGAAAUGGGGUUGACUUAUAUAAAUUAUUUAAAGUAAAAGAGUUUUUCUUAUUGCUAGUACUGUAAUAUUAAAUUUAAUAGUGAGUGAAAUUUGUAUUUUGUUUUAAUUUGUUUUACUGAAUUUGAAUACAUCGUAACACCCAUAUCGUUGUUAGUUAUGAAUGAAAAUAACAUAAUUAUAAAAGUAAAUAUUAAAUGAAUAGUAA